AGAGGGGAAACCAUCACACCUCCAUCUAAAAUCGUAAAGCAUCAGAUAUAUGAGUAUUAUUUCAUAUGAAUCCAACAUCUCCCUCAUUCAUACUCAAGAUAUACCUUCUGAUAUGUGCACUCAACAAAAACAUUAGAAAUAACUAGGUUGAACGAUAAUUCCAAAAUUCAAACCAUAGAUCUCAAAUUAGUUUGAUGAAUUUAAAUGCCAUGCCGUAGUUUCAUCUAGUUAGUUGAAAAAAAUUGUUGAUCUGAUUCUAAAAUCAUUAAAAUGUGUUCAAUGUUUUCCUUUACCUUCCCACAUCCAGAACACAGGUGCCCAAUGCCCACUCAAAGAAGAGUGAAAUCAAACCUGUUCCAAACACAACAGAAUCGACUUUGUUCAAAUUGAAUAGAGCUGCAACACUAGCAACAACACACAUAGUCCUUUCACUACCGUCACUGUCCCAAAUCCCAAUGACCAAACUCACCACUUCUCAUUUCCUCAAACCCCUUCACACUCUCUCCUUCCUCAGACUUACCUCUUCUCUCUCCCAACCCUCCAACCAUCAUGACAACACUCUAUCAAAACCCACCCUCGCAACCGAACUCGCCUCAUUAAUCCAACCCGAAUCCCCUACCGCAAAAACCUUAAACCCUAAACCCCAAACUCGCACGCAACUCAAACGCUUCCUUGAACUCCAAAUCAAAAAACGAGUCAAAUCAAACCUCUCCCACAACACCGGCAAGUUCCACAACUUACUCCAAAACGUCGUUUCAAAUCCCCAAACCCUCAACGACGCUUACAACAUCAUCAAACUCAACUCCAACAUCAUCCCUAACAACCACCCCGUAACCGCUUCCGCAAAUAACGCAAACGGUUAUUUCAUAGAUGACGUGGCACAUCAGCUUAACGAAAAUCUCACUAUCCACCCCGUAACCGUUUCCGCAAAAUCCGGCGUAGAUAACGGAAACGGUUAUUUCAUCGAUGACGUGGCAAAGCAGCUUCACGAAGGUAGCUUCGACGCAAGCGCGAAUACGUAUUCAAUCUCCACAAGGAAGAAUCAGAAAAAGAAAGAGUCUCGAUUGAAAGAGGAUGAGGAUUUUUCGACGUUGAUUCUUCCGAAUUUGAAGCUGAGAGUUGUUCAGGAAGCGUUGAGGAUUGUUCUGGAAGUGAUUUUCAAGCCGAGUUUCUCGAGAAUCUCGCACGGUUGUCGGAGCGGGAGGGGACGUGCGGCCGCGUUGAAGUAUAUAUGUAAAGGUGUAGUGAGUCCUGACUGGUGGUUCACUUUGCUUGUGAGGAAGAAGUUUGAUGGUUUGUUGAUGGAGAAGUUGGUCUGUGUGAUGGAGGAUAAGAUAGAGGAUGGUUGUUUGUUUGAUUUGAUGAGGAGUAUGUUUGAUGCUAGGGUUUUGAAUUUUGAGUUUGGUGGAUUUGCUAAGGGAGAUGGUUUGCCGCAGGAAGGGGUUUUGUCGCCGAUUUUGAUGAAUAUUUAUCUUGAUAUGUUUGAUAGUGAGUUUCAUAGGUUGGCGAUGAAAUACGAAGGUGUACGUGCUGGUGGAGAGGUUGUUGAUGGAGAGAAGCCGUUCUCAGCGUUGCGUGGUUGGUUUAGGAGUCAGUUGAAUGGUAAUGGUAAUGGUAGUGAUGAUGGUAAUGUUGGUGUUGUUGAGAAUUCGGGUGUUAAAGUUUAUUGCGUUAGGUUUAUGGAUGAGAUUUUUUUCGCGGUUUCUGGUACGAGGGAUUGUGCGGUUAGUUUUAAGUCUGAGAUUGAGAGUUAUUUGAAGGAAUCUUUGAUGUUGGAUGUUGGAGAUGGAACUGAUGUGCUGCCGUGUGUAGGGACUAGGGGUGUUCGGUUUUUGGGGACAUUGGUAAAGAGGAAUGUUGAAGAUAGUAAUGCCGUGAAAGCGGUUCAUAAGAUGAAAGAUAAAGUUGAGUUGUUUGCUUUGCAGAAGCUCGAGAGUUGGAAUUACGGGACGGCGAGAAUAGGGAAGAAAUGGUUGGGUCAUGGUUUGAAGAAAGUAAAGGAAUCAGAGAUCAAACAUUUAGCUGAUAGUAGCUCUCUCCUUAGUAGGGUUUCCCGUUUCCGAAAACCCGGGAUGGAAACCGAUCAUUGGUAUAAGCAUUUGUUGAAGAUAUGGAUGCAGGAUGUUCAAGUGAAAAAUGCUAAAAGUGAAGAAAAUGUCUUGUCGAAGUUCGUUGGAGAGCCGGCUCUUCCGCAAGAGCUAACGGAUUCCUUUUACGAGUUUAUGAAACAGGCCGAGAAGUAUAUAUCGGCUGAGGCAGAUUCUAUUCUCAAGCUUUUGCCAAAUAAUAACAGCUCAGAAGAAAAGGUGGUUGCUAAAACCGAAAUCAUUGCUCCUGUCUAUGUCAUAAAGAAACGUCUCGAGAGAUAUGGAUUGACUACACCAGAUGGAUUCCCGCGGUCGGCUAAUUUGCUAGUCAUGCACGAUACAAGUGAAAUUAUUGACUGGUUUUCUGGGAUUGCUUGCCGCUGGCUGAAAUGGUACGAGAACUGCGCAAACUUCAAUGAAAUAAAGCUUUUGAUAUCGGAUCAAGUUAGAAAAUCAUGCAUUCGUACUUUAGCAACAAAGUAUCGGAUACAUGAAACCGAGAUAGAAAAGCGGUUUGAUGAAGAACUUAGCUGGCUUCCACAAGCGCAUGACGCGGAGAAGGAGACAAUGAAUGAAGUAUCGGGUGUUGAAGUUUUUGACAAUGACGAGGCGUUAAUGUAUGGAAUAGUGUAUAGCGGUUUGUGUUUGUUGUCUCUCGCAAGAAUUGUGACCGAAGCAAGACCGUGUAAUUGUUUUGUAAAUGGGUGCUCAGCUCCAGCACCAAGAGUCUAUACUCUUCAUGUAAUGGAAAGACAAAAGUCUCCAAGCUGGAAAACUGGGUUUUCAACUUGCAUUCAUCCAAGCUUAAAUAAACGGCGACUAGGGUUGUGUAAGCAACAUUUGAAGGAUCUGUAUCUUGGUCAUAUAUCACUUCAAUCCAUUGACUUUGGUGCAUGGAAGUGAGUGUCUUCAGUUUUAUGAUCAGAAUGUUUGGUCAUUGGGUAUUACUUCAUUUCGUGCGUGUUUGGAUUCGAGUAUGGCUGAAUCACAAUUAGCCACUGAAGUUGCAAAAGCUACACUUUAGAGCUUCAACAUAAUCACGGUGCCACCGUGAUACUACCACGCAUACUAAAGAUGAAGAUUCUAUUGGAAGUGAGGUGUAUUGUUUAGUUGGGAUUAUCACAACCAGAAUGCCCAGUCCACCAUAGUCCAAAUGAAGAGGAGUUAUCAGAAGUCAGAACCUUCACCUCACUUGUCAAUCGAUCAUGAAUGUAUCGCGAUGCCACCACUUUAUAGGUGUCUGGUAGAAUUAUCACAACCAAAAGUAAAGCUUAAAUGUGAAUCACCAAAAUACUCAAAUUUUGAGAUGUUAUGUUAUCCUUGUGGCUGGGCUCUCCAUAGACAGAGCCAUCACUCUUGAAGCCCGUCGGUGAAAGAAUCACCAAUGAAACAAAUCAAUCCAUUGUAGGAACCAAUUGUACCAGAGUAUUAUUUGUCGUUCAAAUGAUACUAAGGAUCAACAGAAAGGCUCAACAGAUUCUCAAUUAAACAUUGUAUGAAGUGCAGGGGGACCUGCAUGGGAUUUCUGUGACGUGAUUUGGGGUUAGUGUGAAGUGCAGAUUCCAUGCUACCGAUUUCUUGAGAUGCGAUUUCACGAAGGCCGGGAUCAAAGAUGAGUGUUAUCCAAGACUUACUCACACACAUAAGUUGCACACGAGAUUUCACAUGAAGAAUGGAUAAUACCUCGCUGAUGAUAUCGUCAGGGAGUUCCACUGACGAUGGAGUCAUAGACGUGGCUGAUUGUAUAUAACAACAUGAAGAGUUUCCUAUUCUGUUUCUUUACUUUUGUUUGAAGGAUAGUACCACGCAUCUCACUAUUUUGAGUUUCUUAUAUGCUAAACUCAUGAUAAUACACUAA